AUGGAGAGUACAGAACAGCUGACGCUCAGUGAUGCUGAGAGAGUUGCGGGGUGGGGAGGGGUGCACGCAGCCUCCGCGCGGCGCGCGGGCGGCGUGCGGCGCGGCGCAUCUGCUACGACCAGGCGCCUCGUCCCUCGAACGUCAGUCGCGCUCGGCCCGCGGUCGUGUCUGCACGCUUCAACGUUCUAUCUCGCCACGCAGCUCGCACGCGGAGCCCCAAAACGCCGCCACCGCCGCAGAGUCCGCCGUCGCCCCGCGGCAUGUGCACCUGACCCCGGCCUCAAUACCGCCUGCACCACGAUCCUCGCAUCAAGAACAAUGUUGCCGGCGCCCGCGUUUGUGCACAACCUCGCGACUCAUCACUCUCUGGAGGAAAAUAUAUGCGAUAUACCCGUACAUAUAUUUAUUUCUGUAAUGUUAUAAAAAUAUAAGAAAUUCAUAUAAA